AUGGGAUCUUCUAAUAUGAUGAAUGGAAUGAACUUCUUCAAUUUAAACACAACGACUACGCCACCAUCAUUAUUUGGGUCAAGCACAGCAACAUCAAAUACGUAUAAGGAUAGUUGCAAAUAUGUUUCACCCCAUGAUGACGAAGAAGUUGAUAAUGAAGAUGACAAUGAGCGUUUAUUGAGUGGUUCUAGCAAUCAUUUAAGUAAAUCAAAUAGUAAUAAUACAAAUAGUUACAAUGACAGAAGUAAUGAACGAGCGUCACAUGUUACUGGUGAAGACAGCACCAAUUAA